UUUUAUUUGGUUAAUUUUUCUGGCAGAAAAAUCGGUGGUGAGAGUUUGAGAAAUCGAGAUGUUGUGAAUGAGGACAGACUCAGUGCAUUACCUGAUGAUUUGCUUCUGCGGAUAUUAUCUCCACUUAGAACCGAAGAUGUGAUAUACACUAGCUUUUUGUCUAAACGUUGGAGAUAUCUUUGGAAGAUGGUACCAAAUCUCAAGUUUGACUCCUAUUCAUUUUCGGAGCAUGUUUACAAGUCUCUGGCUUUGCACAAAGCUCCCUUUCUCAAGAGUUUGCACUUAAAAGUUAAACAUGAACGCGAUGCUUCCGAUGUUGGAAUAUGGAUUGGGGUUGCAUUUGCGCGCAAAGUGCGUCAACUGGUACUCAGCGUUUUCUUUAUGAAGGACAGCUUUGUCAGAUUCCCAAGUGUUUUGUGUAGUUGGAAUGAUACACUCGUGUUCUUGAAACUCAAACAUAGCAUUCUUUUAAACUUUCCUUCUAGGGUUUGCUUGAUGUCUCUUAGAAAGCUGCACCUUCACUAUGUGAUGUUCAAUGAUGAAGAAUCUGUUUGCCCUAGACUUGAAGAUUUGAUCAUUCGAGGAAGCUAUGUAGAUGUGAAGACUUUCACUAUUGAUGUGCCAUCGUUACAAAGACUAAUAAUGGAAGAGGAUAACCUAGUGGAAAGAGAUGGAGGACGCUAUGUGAUAAAAGCUCCUUCUUUGAAAUACUUAAAAAUGUCAGGGUUCGUUGGUCGUGAGGUUCUUCUGAUUGAGAAUUCGCCGGAGCUGGUAGAGGCAGAAAUCAUUGACAUUUACAAUAUAGCCAAUGAGAACAUUCUGGUCUUUCUUACUUCAGCCAUAUGGUUUUGCUUACACUUAUCACCCUUGGAGGUAAUUUUAAGAUUUUGCACAUUUCUUCUUGACAACUAGGAUAAGACAUGCGCUUUGUUUGCGCAUGAUGAAUUUAUAUGAAAAUUAUUUCAGAAAUAUCGUAUGGAAAAUAAAAUUUAUAUUAUUGAUCGAAUAAAUUUUUUUGACCAUUAAACAAAUUUUUUAAAUUCUUUUUUUUGUUAAUUACAUAAUUUGCUUACUAAUGAGUUGAUCCCAUUUUUUAAAAUAUUUUAGGUCAAAAACUCAGUUAUCGCAUAAGAACCUAACGUUUAGGCCGAAGAAUCUUAGACCUACUAUUUGGUUACAAUGAAACUAUCCCAGCUCGGUUUUAUAUCAUGAUUUAGCAAUUUAAAAGUUAAUUAUUGUUAUAAGAAGUGUACAUUCAUGUGCCAAUCAUAUCUAUCUUCAAUAUUUUUCUCAUUUUUGUGUCGUUUUUUUUUUAUUUUGGUUAUUGCUCGAUAUAAAAAUUGAUUUUUGAGAGUAUUCUCAUUUCGUUAUUUUGUUUUGGGCUGAGAUUUAGAAAAUAUUUAAGAUUUAAAAUUAUUAAAGAGAUACAUACUUAGUUUAAGAUUUGCGCUUUGUCCAAAAUAAAUACUUUAUAUUUAUUAUUUAUUUUAUGUUUUUUUUUUGCAUAUUAUGAAAUAAGAAAAUAAUAAUUAUAUAUUAAAUAACUAAGAAAUUGGUUACUAUUAUGUAAUAAAUUGGCAUGCGCAUAUAAAUCAAACGACCGCUCUUGUUUAUUCGCAAUCAUUUUAGGGUAAAUAAAUCAAAACAAUCCAGUACAAGAAAACGUGGGAGUAACGACUACAGUAUUCGUUGCUACUUGGUCGUAAUAUAGGCUUUACGACUAAUUAGCUUCAAAAAUCGAUUGGUCGUUAGACACUGGUCGUAAAUAUCUAUUCGCGAAAAAUUGGUCGUAAAUGUACGACUAAACGCUUUAGUAGUAAAGCAGACGUAAAUAUACAACUACGAGUUUGGUCGUAUAUUAAACGUAAAUAACUUAGUCGUAAAGCAGAAGCAAAAGUACGACUCAUCAUUUGGUUGUAAAGUAAACGCAAAAGAGUUAGUCGUAAAUGUGACGCACUUUUACGUCUCACAGAUUAGAUGUAUAUUAGUCGUAAAUAUACGACCAAUUUGCCUCUCCGUCGAUGUUUAUUUGUCGCAAAAUGAACGACCAUUAUACAUCGACGCUAGAUGUUCAUUGGUCGUAAAUUAACCCCACUUUAUUUAUUUAUUUUCGGAUUUUGUAUUUAGUUACGAAUUUAAUAUAAUAUUUAAAAUCAAAUAUUUAAAUUUUAAAAUCUUGAUGAAAUUAAAAGAAAAUAUCUAACAUUCAGAAACAUAAUAAUAUCCAUAAUAUAAAACAUUCAAAAUACUAAUUAACUAAUAACGGAAAAAACUAAGGGCAACAUUAUUGGUAGGACUUUUUUAUGAGUCCUUAGCUUAUUUUAUUAUGUUUUUAUGUUAAGAGACAAAGCUUAAGAGACAAUCCCUAAAGUAUAGAUUAUUGGUAGGACUUUUGUUGUCUCUUAGUAAAAUAAUUAUUUAUUUUUUUGUAUUUUUUAGGAGUAAUGAUAUAUAAAAGAUAAGUUUUAAAUAAAACAUAUAACAUUAAAAUUGAAAACAUAAUUAAAUUUCAAAGUUGCAACAAAAAAAAAAUUUGGAAAAAAAUUACAAGCUUAAUAAAUAAAAGCAAACACACAUUUUAUUCAAUGCAUAGAAAGUUACAAAUUAUAUACAAUUUUACUAGCAUUUGUAUACAAUUUUACAUUGUCAAACUCAUGCGAGAAGAUGUCGACGUUGUCACAGCAUUACACAUUAUACAUGAUCAUAAACGUCAGUACAGCAACAUUAACGAAAACGAGACAGA